GAUACUGUGAAAAGAUUUGUUUGAAUGAACAGAAAAGAGUAAGAAAAAAACUAAGCAAUUGAAUGAUUUAAUUGUUUUAUGAUAGUAUUCUUUGUCAUGUAUUGAAAUUUAUUCCUAUGCGUUUUUUAAACUAAGUAGUACUGUUUGUGUAAGCAUGAAACCCUUAAUUGAUUUUGAUGAAUGCCUCAGGGACUCUCCUAAAUUUAGGGAGCAGCUUGAAACUGAAGAAGCUAGUAUUGAUUCACUGGAACAGAAGCUGGAUAAAGUUCUUAAAGCAUGUACAAUUAUGAUCGAGUCAGGCAAAACAUAUAUGAGUCAUAGAAGUUCAUUUGCAAAUGCACUGUGGGAUCUAAGUGGGAGCUUCUCAGAAGAUUCAUCAGUAAUGGCCGCACUCAACCGUAUGAUACAUGAACUGCAGGAGAUGAACAAGUUCCACUCUAUACUGUUGGAUCAGGCAUCAAGGACUGUAAUGAAGAAUCUCACAGCUUUUAUUAAGGUAGAUAUCAAAGGUGUCAAAGAAAGCAAGCAUCAUUUUGAUAAAAUCUCGAAUGACCUUGACAUAGCUUUAACAAGGAACUCUCAGGUGUCAAGACACAAAUCAGCUGACGUGGAGGAGAUAAUGAAUCUUUUGGUGGCUACGCGAUCGUGCUUUCGGCACACCGCCCUCGACCAUGUGCAUAAGAUUACAAUGCUGCAAGUGAGGAAACGUCACGAAAUAUUGGCUACGUUCUUAUCGUAUCUACAAGCGUGUUGUACUUAUUACCACCAAGGAGCCGAUCUUUCUGAAGACUUAGAACCAUUCCUCAGAACAACAGCUGAAGAAGUUUCAACUAUGCGUAACGAUACUAAAACGCUCGAUAAAGAAAUGGAGAAUCGUCAUACGAUCGUUAAUAGUAAGGACACAGUGUUGCCGAGCUGCAAGACGAGCCAGCAGGAGAACGACACCAAAGAUGGCUUACUUGGUACACCGUGCCUGAAGAAUAUGCCGAGAAUGCAGGGCUACCUUUUCAAGAGAACGUCAAACGCUUUCAAGACGUGGAAUAGGAGAUGGUUCUAUUUGUAUGACAAUAGACUUGUAUAUAGGAAACGGACUGGUGAAUUAAAUGUAACUGCUAUGGAGGAAGACCUGCGCUUGUGCACUGUAAAACCGGUCCACGAUGGUGAGAGGCGCUACUGCUUCGAAGUGCUAUCACCCUCCAAGAGUCACAUGCUUCAAGCAGAUUCCGAAGAAAUGCUGAACACGUGGAUUUUAGCAUUGCAAAAUGGCAUUAGGUCUGCUAUACAACAAGGUCAGAGUCGCGACAAUCCUGACUCGCAACUGGUGUUAGUGCCGGACGAUAAGCCCAGCGACAACAAACACAGCCCCGCCAUUGUACGAAUGAGGAAAAUAAGGAUUUGGGAGCAGUUACUCAAUAUUCCUGGUAACAACAACUGCUGUGAUUGUGGCAGCCCCAACCCCCGGUGGGCGAGUAUCAACCUUGGUAUUACACUUUGUAUAGAAUGUUCAGGCAUACACAGGUCCCUUGGAGUGCACCUCAGUAAAGUGAGAUCAUUGACAUUAGACGAUUGGGAACCAGAUAUCAUCAAGGUAAUGGCGGAAUUGGGCAAUAAGAUAGUGAAUUUAAUAUACGAGGCGAACACUGAAGGCACUACUAUUACUAGGGCAACUCCGGACUGUGAGACGUCAGUUCGAGAGGCGUGGAUACGCGCGAAGUACGUAUCGCUGUCGUUCGUUAAAGACAUCGUGAACAUGGGCGGAGCGGAGCCGGGCGCGGAGUCUCCGUUGCGGAACGGACGCCGCUGGUCGGUACGGCGUGCGCGGCGCAGGGUCCGUGCACCACCUGUAGUACCUGAGACUAUUCCCGAUGAGAAAAGUGAUGCCAACAGUAAUACUAGCGGUUCGGCGUCGGAAAGCUCAAGUAAGAGUGACGAGAGUCCGGUGCUGGUGAUAGGCAGCGAAUUGGCAACUGACCGCGACGUCGACCUCAGCCUACCCUCUGAUCACGAGUCCACUGAGGGCGAGGAUACUGACGAUUUAGGUCCGGAGGAGAUGUGCGGCCUGUCGGCGGGAGCGGUACUGGCGCGAGCGGCGCGCGCGCACAACGUGGCCGUGAUGCGCGGCGCCCUCGCCGCCCGCGCCGACCUCCACCACCGCCACCUGCGGCUGCGCACGCCGCUGCACGCCGCCGUGCUCAGCGGUUCCGUGAUGGCAUGUUCAUUCCUGUUACUGAACGGCAGCAAGCUUAAUCUACAAGACGAAGACGGGAAGACGCCGCUGCAUCUCGCCACUGAAGCCGGGAAUACAGGACAGGUGUGCCUAUUACUGCGUUAUCGCGCCGACCAGUCGAUUGUUGACAACGAAGGUCAGACGCCGCUUGACAUAGCCGUCAAACACGCAAACGCAGAUAUUGUCACAUUGUUGCGUCUAACAAAACUGAACGAGGAGAUGCGUGAGAGCGAGAUGUCUUCUAACGAUGAUACAUACAACGAAGUGUUCCGCGAUUACACGCAGCUGGCUCACUCGCAUCCCGAGCGGCUGGUGCGUGCAAGGCACAACAACAACGAAGGUGAGCAACCGACAGAAUGACCACUUGACAAUAGAGGUCGGCGACUUUGGCUGUGGUAACGACGACAACAUCGACGGACUGCCUGCGGUAGUUGAAGAAUUAUGUGUUCCACAGGCCGUUCCACUUUGUUAUAAUGUCACGAUAUACAAGUAUUUAUAUUUUAAUUGAAUGAAAAAUUGUCUUUUAAUUAGAUAUCGACUUAUUAUGCUUGAUUAUUAAUUAAAAUAUAUAUGAAAAGUGUUUUACAAGUACAAUAAUGAGAUUGUUAUUAUGUAUAUAUUGUUAUGUUUUAUACUUCAAUUGAUUUUGACAAAAAUCAAAGUUAGAUAUUGUUUGUACCUCUAUAAAACGUUAAGAAUAUGGUAUCUUAGUUUGGCUAAAAAUUUAGGUAUUACUUAAUACAAAAUGUCACAAGUGGUUAUAUUUAGUAUUUGUCGCUAACAAAUUGAUUUGCAAAGUAUAUUGUUUAUGUGACAUUAAAAAAAAAAUCUAAAUUUUGUUUUAUGUAUGUGUAAUAGGUAAAAAUUGUUUUAAGUCGAUUUUCACAUUUAUUAUUCAGGUGCAAGUUGGUAUCUCGGCUUUGUAUUAACUUAUCAAGAACAUUGGUUAUAAAUAUUCUUUCAGGUUUACAUUAUUAUAAAAAAAAACAUAUGUAAAUGUUCAAUGUGAGCGAAUUUACUGCUUGUAAUCCAAUUACAAAUUUUUCAAUAUAAAUAAUUUAUUUAAAACUACUCGAUUAUGAUUUCGUCUCAUUAUUUGGGAUCGGCGCACUGACUUCUCAUUGUUCACUAAAAUUUAACAGUACG